AUGUUGGACCAAAUGGCGAACGAAAUCAAGCUCAUCUCGGGGAGCUCUCACCCGAACCUCAGCAUCCAGGUCGCAAGUCGACUAGGCAUCGAGGUUGCCAACACGAUGAGCCUCAACUAUUCAAAUCAAGAGACUAGUGUUUCUAUUGGUGAAUCGGUGCGAGAUGAAGACGUCUUCAUCCUUCAAUCCACUGCCCCGGGAGACGUUAAUGACGGGCUUAUGGAGCUUCUCAUCAUGAUUCAUGCCUGCCGUACAGCGUCUGCUCGUCGCAUCACCGCUGUCAUUCCCAACUUUCCUUAUGCUAGGCAGGAUAAAAAGGACAAGUCUCGUGCGCCAAUAAGUGCCAAACUUAUCGCCAAUAUGCUGCAAGUUUCUGGCUGCAACCAUGUCAUCACCAUGGAUUUGCAUGCUUCCCAGAUUCAGGGUUUCUUCAACGUGCCCGUGGACAACUUGUAUGCGGAACCUUCGGUCCUGCGUUGGAUACGCGAAAAUCUAGAGUCGGAAAAUUGCGUCAUUGUCUCUCCUGAUGCCGGUGGUGCCAAGAGAGCCACUGCCAUUGCCGACCGGUUGAAUGUGGGAUUUGCUCUCAUCCACAAGGAGCGCCCCCGGCCCAAUGUUGUUGGUCGUAUGGUUCUUGUAGGAGAUGUUCAAGAUAAAGUUGCCAUCUUGGUUGAUGACAUGGCCGACACUUGCGGAACACUAGUUAAAGCGGCCGAAACCGUCAACCAGCAUGGCGCCAAAGAGGUUUAUGCCAUAGUCACUCACGGAAUCCUAAGCGGCAAAGCUAUUGAGAAUAUCAACGCUUCUUGCCUCGCUGGCUUAGUGGUAACCAAUACUGUUCCGCUUGGGGACAAGACUGAGAGAUGUCCGAAACUCAAGGUAAUUGACGUAUCCGCGACGUUGGCAGAGGCAAUUCGUCGUACACAUAAUGGCGAAUCUGUCUCCUACCUCUUUACCAACGCCCCUGUUUGA